AUGAUUAUCCCCGAAAGUAUACUACAGAAGCUCACGGAUUUCUCAGAAACGGCUACAUGCCCCAACAAGAUGCUGAGCGCUCUCGAGAAGAGGAGUGUGACUAGCACUGUGAAUUCCUUCAAGUCCUGGGAUACAUGUAUGGACAAUAAGGUGUGCAAGAUUGUUGCUAUUGUGGGAAUAGUUUUGGCCUGUUUGGUGGUGAUGUGGUUGGUUUCAACGAUAGUGAGGUGUCUGUGCUGUGGACUGGAAUGUAUGGCUAGCAUGUGUUUCUGCUGUGCGCCUAGAAGACAACAGCAGUAUAGUCAGCCGCCAGUCAUGAUGAGGAAUGCUGACAACCACAACCCUUACGACAACCCCAAUAUGUAUCCUCCUCAGUAUCCUCAGCCGACUGCAUUUUCCAGAAAUUACGCGCCUGUGAAUCCAGUCAGUCACGAGAAUCCGUUCGAGGAGAAGCAGUAUGCGCAGGUCUACAACAGGGAAAAUCCUACAGUCGAUACCAAUACUCGUGCCAACAACAACAACUCCAAUCUGGACUACUACAACGAGUAUGUUGAACUGAACAACAUGCCGAACGCGUCUCGUCGCUACUGA